GGAUCCUUGUAACAUAUGGUGACCUUUUGAUGGCAGUUUGUCAAGAAAUAGUCUCUGAAAACUACUGAUGUUCCAGUUUGCUGUGCAGUGGACUUAAUUUAGGAAGAUGCCAGAGAGAGAAGCUGAGGAGCUGAAAAUGAAACUAGUUCAGUGAACUUGAGAAUGGCAUGUAACUUGAAUGUUUUAUUCUGCUGUCUUAAGUGUUCUACUUGGCAUUGCUGUCUCUUGCAGUGAAGACUGACUCUUCACCUUGGCAGGGUUAGAAACCCUAGGCUAUUACAGAACAGCCUUGCACUGAGCCUUUGUGGAAGAAGCAAGAUUUAAAUAUCAGUUCUUCAAUGUGCAUCCUGCUAUUCAAAUUUGACCCCCGACCAGCUUCAAAAAAUGCUUACAGGCUUAUUCUAGCAGCUAAUAGAGAUGAAUUUUACCACAGACCUUCCAAACCGGCAGACUUCUGGGACAGCAGCAAUGAGAUCCUUAGUGGUUUGGAUAUGGAAGAAGGAAAAGAAGGUGGGACAUGGCUGGGAAUCAAUAAGAAAGGCAAGAUGGCAGCCCUGACGAACUAUUUGCAGCCAAAGACUGAUAAAAAUGCAAAAGGAAGAGGUGCUCUUGUAACAAACUUCUUGACUGCAGAUUUGGACAGCUACUCUUACUUGAAGAAAGUUUCAGAAGAAGGACAUCUUUACAAUGGAUUUAAUUUAAUAGCAGCUGACUUUAAUACCACCAAAGGAGAUGUGAUUUGCUACUAUGGAAACAGAGGAGAACCAGAACCUGUUUUCCUAAAUCCUGGAAUAUAUGGAUUGAGUAAUUCUCUGUUGGAUACACCAUGGAAGAAAGUUCAAUAUGGGAAAGAGCUUUUCACAGAAGUGGUCAAGAGAAGUCAAGAUCUUGCCAAAGAAGAGUUGGUGCAGGAGCUUCUUACAGUGAUGAAUAAUCAAGAGGCUCAAUUACCAGACCCUUUAAUUGAAGACCAAGGGAAGGAUUAUAUACGUCCUAUAAUGAACAAGUAUUCAGCUAUAUGUGUUCGUUGCCCAGGUUAUGGAACAAGGACUAACACGGUCAUUCUCAUUGAUUCAGAAGGACAAGUUACUUUCACAGAGAGCAACAUGAUCAAUGCAGAUGUCAACCAGUGGAAAACAAGCACCUAUGAAUUCAAACUGCACAUUUAACAACUUUCCGUUUGAAUGGUUUGUAAUAAUAGCAAUGAGAGAAUAAGCUGUUGAGUUCUAGUAAAUGUUUUGUGCCAGCCUCCACAAGCUAAAAAUAGCAAGGGAAGCAAAAGUUUAUUUAAACUGCUGGCAUACUCUACCAGGCCCACAUAUCCUCUGGAUAAAAGCAAAAGAAACUGUUUUUACAUUAAGUAGCCUCUUACAGUCAGAAAUAAAUGCUGAGGAAUCACCCUGCCUCCAGGCAAGACCAUCUUUGCCCACGACGAAGUCCUUAUUUUUUUUUUUUUUGUGGGUGGUUGUUUUGGAUUUUUUAAAGAUGUUUUAAGUAGACUACUAAACAUGUUUUCAGUUCCAAAGAGUAAAAACAGUUGCUGCUUUUAUUGUUCUAUCUGAAGGUUUUACCAAACUUCAUUUUCCCUUCAAUAUAUGUUUUUAAGAUGGUAUAGCUGAUGCCAAUGUCCAUUAAAUGAAUGUAUGUUCUCUUUGUAGCAUUAAGUAUUUCAAUAACAUUUAAAUUUUUCAGUGUUGCCAUGGUGCAAUAUUCUGCCUGGGGAGGGCAGAGCAGGGGGAAUUCUUUAUAUUUGAUAGUAUAGCAAUAGAUCUUAUUUUCUAAAACUUGACUUGAAAUUCAGUCCCUGUUCACUUUUACUGAAAAAAAAUCAUAGCAGCAGACUUGCUUAUCUUUCACUGGAAUAAAAUGAUUUGUAUUGUGAUAACUUGUUUCCUGAUAGUCUAUUUAGCAAUAUUGGUUUUCUUCUUUUCUUCCACAACAGGCAGGUAACAAAUACAUAUCUGUUUGCAAACAGAAGCUAGAUAUGAAGUUUACAUACAUCAGCUGUUUUGCACAUGUAAUUUUUACUCAUUUCUUUAUUGGUAUAAAAUGUUAAAGUCUGGAGUGACUGCACAUAGAUUUUUAGUGAAAAUAGCUAUUUGUUGUAAGGUGCCAUUAUUGCAGUCUUACUGGUGAAAAAGUUGGGUGUUAAGAUGCACUUUGUAUAUUCUAACAUCUGUGAAUUUAAAAAGCUAUUUAAAUGCAUGCCUUUUUUUCAAUUAUUCAGUGCCAGUGUCGGUGAUAGAAGAUUCUAGGUAAUGUCAAGGUAUUUUAAAACUUUAAGUUAUUUUACUGCUACUGGUGUUCUGUUUUGACUUAUUUUGAAUGCUGAAUACUUAGUAAUGGAUCACUGGUAUUUUUUCUCUAUAUAUGCUGAAUGUAUUCUUUUUACAAGCCUCUGACUGCUCAUUAUUACAAAGCAGCAAGAUUUCUAGUACUCUUUAUAAAAAGGUGUGUAACUAUUCUUCUGUACUCAAGCUCUUGUUUUCAGGCCUUCUUACUAGUGUGUAUGUGUCUGUAACGGAGGCAGCAGUAAAUUAGACUUGCCAUUGAGGUGAAAUACUGUGACAGCCCAUUCCCAGCUUUCUAAUUGCUGGGAGAUGCUAAAGUAGCACUUAGGCAAUUAUUUCCUUUUGUAUUUGCAUAGCUUCUAGAUACCAGGACUGCUUGCAUGACUAGGCACAGGUUAUUGAUUCAGUACUUUUUGACCACCUGGAUUGGGAGAUGAUAAAUACAACCUUGUUAGGUUGUACAUGGGUUCCAACUCGGAGCCUUCCAGACUGUCCUCCUGAGCUGUGGGAAAUGGUUAUCCAUCUUUUUUUAAUGACUAUUUAAACCAUAUAUUUGUAUGAAUAAAAAUGUUAUUAUUAUCUUUAGAUGCAAAGAAAUAGCCAUAGUUGUCUUGCAUUUGUAACAUUCAAAUCUAUAUUUUAAAACAAAAUUUUGCUUUCUUGGUUUGCUCUCACCGACUGUUUGCAUAACAGUUGUUUUUAAUAUCUUGAGAAAAAACAGCUAGUGUUCAGAUGAGCAGGACACUCCCUUUCAAGACAUUAUCUAAAUGGCAAGCAAAAUGCUUGCAUGAAAUUUCAUGCUAAAAGCAUUUAUAAACCUUACCUUUUAUAGCGGUCCUUUAAUAAUGAACAAUUAUUUUUUUACAUGCAGGCAAAAGAAAAGCAAAUCAGAGUUUAGGUGUAAAACCAGAUUAUAAUAAUGUAUGUAGCUUUGCUUGAAUCAAAAUUCUGAAUCUGGGGUUUGCUUUUUCUGUAAAGAAAUAAAGA